AUGAUACUUGCCAGCCAGCAAUCCCUGUCGAGGGAGCCCACUGGUCUCCAGUCAGGGAGAAAACGUACCUUGCCCAUACGCCCGCCCGCACCGGUACAUGUGUUCGACUUCAAAGACGACAUAUCUAGCACAUGUGCCUUGCGUCGGAGGCACCGUAAAACUCGUUCUACAACAUCGAAUGGUAUGGUGCGAGAGGAUCAUCCUCUAUAUCGCCUACGCUUCGAACAGAACUGGGAGAACAACUCAGGCGUAUCAUGGCACAAGCAAAAAAGUGUUGUGUCUGAAGCUAACGCACUAGCUACGUCGCUCGCGGGACGGCCCCUGGAAGAACCAGUCGUCGUUUCCGGGGCGGUGGCCGCAACGGAAGAAGAAGAACGUGGAGGAGGGAAUGAAGAGGAGGAGGACGAGGAGUUGAUGGCUACAGCUCCGCUGAAGACAAGACCCUCAACCAACGUACGUCGCUCCGCGAGGAAACGGACAAGCCUCGCGAGACGAGAGUUUGAAACUGGACAAGGGGAAGCAGACAACGAUCCCAGUGAAGAGCAAUCCACUGCAGAGUCCGGCGAAGACCAAGCACCUCGGUUCACAUGCGAACUAAGCGACCUUGGGUCUUACCUGGUGGGAGGAAGAGGAGGGAAAAAGUGCAAACACGCUGACGCAGAACCAUCGCGAACACAUCCACCUUCAGUCUCGGGAUGCGUCUUCGUCAAAGACAAGGGAUUAUCACAAACCCCGCAUCAUCCCUGGACUGGAGGACGGGGAUCAAUGUGUUACGUCACCAUGGUGCAGCUCGAAAGCACGCCAAUCGCAACUUUCCAAGGACCGGCGCUGCUUGCGAAGCUGCCCUGGUUAUGUGUUCAGCGGUGGAGUGGGUCACGCUCGAUUGCGGGAAGUCACGGAGGAUUUCCAAGGCAAUUAGUCCACGCGUAUCGGAAGUUCUGCAUGCCAAAAUAA